AUGAACGGAAUAUAAUUCACGUGUUUUUAUUUUAUUUUAUUUUGAUUUUCAAAUUUUUUUUGUUGUUUUCAUUUUAAAAUUUUUGAUCAUGUCUCAAAAUGAAAUUUCCAAUCAUUAUUUUCAACGAUUCAUUAAUCCUCUUCUUUCUGGUGCCUGUGCUGGUCUUGCUGUUGACGUAACAUUGUUCCCAAUUGAUACGAUAAAAACACGUUUACAAAGUGCCAAUGGAUUCUGGAAGUCUGGUGGAUUUUCAAAAAUCUAUUCCGGUAUCGGAUCAACUGUUUCUGGUUCAGCACCUGGAGCUGCUUUAUUUUUCAUCACAUAUGAAUCGGGCAAAUAUCUUUUGGGUCCAGAAUGUUUACAUUUGAAUUCUCGUUAUAAUAGCCUUUCAUAUAUGGUUUCAGCAUCGAUGGGUGAAAUUGUAGCCUGUUUGGUGCGGGUUCCAGUCGAAGUUGUCAAACAACGUGCCCAAGCAUUUCAUAUGAAUAGUGUUCAAGUUUUACGACAAACAUUAAGGCAAUCCGGAUGGCGUGGUCUUUAUCGUGGUUAUUCUAGUACAAUUAUGCGUGAAAUUCCCUUUUCAAUGAUUCAAUUUUCUCUUUGGGAACAAACAAAACAAUCAUGGGCUAGAUAUCAACAAAUAACCACCGUUCAUCCAUAUCAAGCAAUGAUUUGUGGGUCAUUUUCCGGUGCAAUAGCUGCAUUUUUAACUACACCAUUAGAUGUUGCUAAAACACAGAUUAUGUUACAGGAUUUUGUUGAUGGCCAUCAAAUCAGUAACAGCAACAAAUCUGUGAUACCGAUAAGAUAUUUCAAUACGAUACGAUCAAUAUUUGAUCGUAAAGGAUUGAAUGGAUUAUGGGCCGGUGCUGUUCCACGUGUAAUUUGGAUUUCAAUUGGUGGUGCAAUAUUUCUCGGUGGCUAUGAAUGGAUGCAUACAUCAUUGGAAAAAUGUUUUAUUCAAUAAAAAUGAUAUAUAUCAUACAAAUAUAGACAAAAUUAUACAUGAAUUAUAAUUUCAUAUCAAAUCAAUGUGAUCUC